AUAGUGAAUGCGGGGUCCGCGGAGACCAGAUAUAGUGAAUGCGGGGUCCGGGGGAGAUCAGAUAUAGUGAAUGCGGGGUCCGGGGAGAGCGGAUAUAGUGAAUGCGGGGUCCGGGGAGAGCGGAUAUAGUGAAUGCGGGGUCCAGGGAGAGCGGAUAUAGCGAAUGCAGGAUCCAGGGAGAGCGGAUAUAUAGUGAAUUCAGGAUCCAGGGAGAGCGGAUAUAGAGAAUGCAGGGUCCAGGGAGAGCGGAUAUAGAGAAUGCAGGGUCCAGGGAGACCAGAUAUAGUGAAAGCGGGAUCCGGGGAGAGC